GUCGCUCCGCCUGGGGGUCCGGCGCCCGCCGCUCCGCCUGAGGGCCCGAGACCUGUCGCUCCGCCUGGGGGUCCGGCGCCCACCGCUCCGCCUGGGGGUCCGGCGCCUGUCGCCCCCGCCCGGGGGCCCGGUGCCUGUCGCCCCGCCCGGGGGCCCGGUGCCUGUCGCCCCGCCCGGGGGCCCGGUGCCUGUCGCCCCGCCCGGGGGCCCGGUGCCUGUCGCCCCGCCCGGGGGCCCGUCCUGCCCGAUGUGCCUCUGCCCGGAGUCCUGCCCGAUGUGCCUCUGCCCGGAGUCCUGCCCGAUGUGCCUCUGCCCGGAGUCCUGCCCGAUGUG